UCGAGAUCCCGUGGCUUUUAAUUCCUUCACAACUUUUUUUUUUUUAAACCCUCCUUUCGAUGUGCCCCGUUAUUACCGUUUGUCCGAGGCGUUCAUUUCCGCACCUGCCACAGUAGAGACCGGGCGAAGGCGAAGUAGAGGAGGAGACAAGGGCAUUGCGAGAGCCGGGAGAGGCACACGGUAGAGAGAGGGAGAGGUAGAGAGAGGGAGAGGGAGAAGGAGAGAGAGAGAUAGCAGCGGCGACUCGUUUGAGAUCUUAUAAAGGACCACAAAAAAAUGCUGCUCUGGACCAGAAUCGUAUUGGUGGGUCUCGUCUGCUUGUCCUUGGUCGCCUCUGGGAUGGGAUGCGGACCGGGCAGGGGCUACGGCAGGAGAAGACACCCGAAGAAGCUGACACCUCUUGCGUACAAGCAGUUCAUCCCCAACGUGGCGGAGAAGACCCUCGGGGCAAGCGGCAGAUACGAAGGCAAGAUCACGAGAAACUCCGAGCGAUUUAAAGAGCUGACUCCCAAUUAUAACACAGACAUCAUAUUCAAGGACGAGGAGAACACCGGUGCCGACCGGCUAAUGACUCAGAGAUGUAAAGACAAGUUGAACUCCCUGGCCAUCUCGGUGAUGAAUCAGUGGCCCGGGGUGAAGCUGCGGGUCACCGAGGGAUGGGACGAAGACGGACACCACUUCGAGGAGUCGCUCCACUACGAGGGCCGGGCCGUGGACAUCACCACCUCGGACAGAGACAAGAGCAAGUACGGCACUCUGUCCCGGCUGGCGGUGGAGGCCGGGUUCGACUGGGUCUACUACGAAUCCAAAGCCCACAUCCACUGCUCGGUGAAAGCAGAAAACUCCGUGGCAGCGAAGUCCGGCGGCUGCUUCCCGGGCUCUUCCACCGUCACCCUGCAGGACGGCACCGAGAAGCCGGUCGGACUCCUCCAACCGGGAGACCGGGUCCUGGCAGCAGACGGCGAGGGGAACCCCGUGUACACCGACUUCAUCAUGUUCAUUGACCAAGACUCCGCGACCACGAGGCUCUUCUACGUGAUCGAAACCGAGUCGGGCCACACGGUCACACUCACCGCGGCGCACCUCCUCUUCGUGGGCCACAACGCCACCAAAAGGGCGCAGCAGAUGUCCGCGGUGUUCGCCAGCCAAGUGCGAUCUGGACAAAAAGUGUUCGUGUUCGAGUCCGAGCGAAGUCGACUGGAGCCCGUGACCGUAAAACGGAUUUACACGCAAGAGCACGAGGGCUCCUUCGCGCCGGUAACCAUGCAGGGGACCGUGGUGGUGGACCGGGUGCUCGCGUCCUGUUACGCGGUGAUUGAAGACCACGACCUGGCGCACUGGGCCCUGGCACCCGUCAGGCUCGCCCACUGGGUGUCCUCGUUGCUGUUCCCUUCCCAGCCUCGUGCCCGCGCGCAGAGCGACGGGGUGCACUGGUACUCCAAGAUCCUUUAUCAAUUAGGAACAUGGCUCCUGGACAGCCACUCGAUCCAUCCACUUGGGAUGUCCGUGUCCUCAAGUUGAAACCUCGAGGAGCAGAAUGAGACUUACAUGUAGGACACACGAACUAUUCAGUAGAUUAAACAAAUUAAAUAAUAAUAAUAAUUAAACGAACGAACAAACAAACAAGACAAAGGCCCCAGCGGAGUUGGGAUAUUUAUUUCAGUGACUUUUCCAUGUGUUUUCCCCUCUUUCAAAGAAUGAAUGGAGCCUUAAAAAAGUUUCUCUUUGAAUAAUUUAUUCUCAUGUGAACUCGUUGCCGUACCACACACACACACACACACACACACACACACACACACACACGCCCCCCCCCCCCCCACACACACACACACACACGUGGAUUUUGAAACAGUGUGAGCGGCAAAUUGUGCAUAAUCUAUUUUUGUAUAUCUGAAAUGCACCCAAAAAAAAGAUGGAAGAAAAAAAAAAGGACAGAAAAAAUGAAGAAAAAAAUGAAAAAGAGAAAAUAUCACCAGGAGAAAGAAGAAGACCAUGUAGAAAGGAACUAACGUUGACAGGUUGUAAUGUUCAUAUGUGCAUAUAUGUGCAACUGACUGUUAUAUUUGGGGAGAACAAACUUCGCGGGGUUCCAUAAAUUAUAUUUUUAUACACAGAAUUGUAAAUUAGAUUUUGACAGAUCGCUACCGAAUCACAUUUCGUUAUUUGAAAUAGUGUAAGAUAUGAGAAUAUAUUUUAAUUUAAAUACAGUAGUUGGGAAAGUAUUGGAAAAUCUUGUACUGCUUGGUUUAUUAAGAAUUUUAUUAUUUUGGAAACUGUUCGUUUAAGUUGUCGGAGAGGGACAGAUAUUCUGCCUCAUGUCUGCAUUCUCUGCUUUUCGUUUUUGUUGUGUUUCUAUUUUUCUGUUUUCUUCUGAGAAAAAUAUUAAAUGCAGAUUCUGACAAUUCAGUAACAGUUAAAGUAGUACUGAAACCGUUUCGUUAAAUAAAUUAAUAAGUAACUCCUGUAAAUGUACUAAAAUGUAUUUUUCUUUUCAUAUUUUGUAAUAGGGAAAUAGUUUUAUAGAAAUGACCUGCGGCAGAUGCAAAGUUUGGAUAGUCUCUAUAGCCAGACCAUACCAGUUAACUUUCAUAACAGGGCGGUGCGUCAAAAAUGUCUAGAGUUUAUUAUUUAUAUGUUUAUUACAAAAUGAGAUAAAGAAAAUCUUCAAACUUGCA